AAUAACUUGAUUUAUUUUGAAAAACAGCAAUGCCCAAAUGCGCUCAAUGAAGGUGUCGAGGAAUUAUGAUUGUCGGCAUCCAGACAUCACUUGUAUGACUUGACAGCCUAUGCGCAAACUAGAGACUGGUCUGAAAAAUUCUGUUUUCCAGGGAGAGCAAAGUAUUUGAAGAUGGAUGCUGGGGAACCUGAAGCCAAUGAUGAGAGUAACACCUCUACCACCCGUUCUCAGUUGCCUGAUCCCAGCGCUUCAGAUGAAGCCACACCAAUCAUAAGCACCUACCACGGUCUAAUCAAUGAUCACACUUAUGGGAAACUGUAUGUGUGUGACAACUGUGGCAUGAGCUUCUCAAAGGAAAACUGCCUGAAGGCACACCAGAAACGGCAUAUCAAGCCAAAGUCCUUUUUCUGUAGCACCUGUGGUAAAAUGUUCAAAAGCCCAGGCAGUCUAGCCAACCACGGCAAAAGCCAUGAUGCCAGUUACAAACCGAAGCAUGUUUGUGAUAUCUGUGGCAUCGGGUUUGAGACGAACCAUCGACUGGUAAUGCACACGAUGGGGAUCCAUCUCAAGGACCCAGUGACGGCUCCAAAGUACAAUUUCAGACCACAGAAAAAGAAUAGGCACUCAAUAAGAAAGCAGUUCAUCCCAAGAGGCCAGUCACAUCAGAGGCCAUUUGUUUGCGACAUCUGCGGCGACAUCUUCCCGGAAGAUGAUGCCCUGAACACCCACCAAGAGUCUGUUCACAGUGAAGAGCAACAGCAGUCCAGCAAUUUUUGUGGGGAGGUCUUCCCAAGAGGUAACUCCCCCGAAGCACGACUCAACUUGACUCACACCAAAAGGAAACCAUUUUUGUGUCACCUUUGCAGCAAAGACUUCUCGAGUGAGAAGACACUGAGGACGCACCACAUGACCCACCGGGAGUUUGCUUGUGAUAUCUGUGGCUGGCCCUGCCGGGAUGCGGAUGCCCUGGGCACCCACCGAGCCAUCCACACCCAAGAGAAGCCAUUCACCUGCAACAUUUGUGGCAAGCACUUUUCCCAGGAGAGCACUCUAAAGACUCAUCACCUGUGGGUACACAACAACGGCCGACCAGAUCAGCCGCUGGACUGCAACAUCUGUGGGAAGUCCUUUGCUCACGGUAGCAAGCUCCGAGAACACCUCAGGUUCCACAGGCAAGUCAAGAAAUUGGUGUGCGAGACUUGCGGCAAGGCCUUUAGCUACCAAAGCCAAAUGAAGAUGCACCAGCGGAUCCACACCAAGGAGAAGCCAUUCCCCUGCGCCAUCUGCGGCAAAAGUUUCACACAAGCAGUGACCGUGAAGGAUCACUUGCGAACCCAUACAAAAGAAAAACCAUUCCUCUGUGACAUUUGUGGCCGGGCGUACACUCAGAGACACAGUCUGGUCAGUCAUAAAAAGAUCCAUGUGAAAGAAAAACUCUUGCUGACAUUUUUAGGAGAGCCAUUUGAAAUGCAAGAUACUGAUCAGGAGUCAUAGAGAAAUUGAAUAGUGUACAGAAAAUGAACCUGUUGCUGACUGAACACUUGUACGUUGUACUUAUUUAUCUAUCCAAUAAUUUUUAGACUUUGACAGUCAGUUUGUACUUUAAACAGGGUUUUCCCCCCUCAGAAAAAUGCUAUCCAAAAAGUAACAUGUAAUUUCUUCCAAAAUAAUCAUCAGAAAUAGUUGUUUUAUGUAUCAAAACUAAGAAUGUCAUCUUUUCAAACCUGAAGACUUAUUGAAAUCUGAAGAUACACCGUAGGAUGUUUUCGUUCUGUCCAGUGGGAUUUACCACAACCAUCGAAAUGCUAUGUUCAUGCGAUUUAACUCCCUUUUAUGUGUGAAUUCAUUGGAAAGGCUCACGAAAUGAAGAUACUGAAUUGAACAAGGUUUUGUCAUAUUGUGUUUUAUUUUCUAUUGCCAAAGAGGAUCCUCAAUCGGUUAUAGCGGUUAAUGUUAAAAUGUAAUCAGCAUACUGCAAAAUUAAACAACCACUGCCUCCUUGAGUAAGCAAAAGUUUCAUCAAGUUUAGAACUAGAAAGAAAUUCCCAAGAAGGAUAGUACCAUUGUUGUGCAAAGAUACAGGAUUUGAAUUCAGUGACUGCAUAAACUUGCAAGAUAAACUGUGUAAACUUGCAUUUAAAAGAACAAAAAUGAGUUGUGUUAAGUCAUUGUAAAUAUCUCGGCAACAAACCACGAAAUGAAUGUUAAGUGUUAGUAUAAAACCUGACAAGCUUUUUUUAAAGAUACCAAAAGCACUUGUCUCUGAUGGUUAUUUUGAGAGAAGAUAAAUGUUGAUGUACCCCCGAUAGAGAAAUGUACCCCAGUACAGCCGAGUCUGUGAAAAACCAACAAAAAAACCCAACUUUGUACACGUAGGACUGCUUUCAAAAACCUGGGCCACGGCUGCACUUGUAUGUGGAAGCAGCUGUGUUUAUGAAUUCUUGAGAAAGCUUGCUACACAUUGAACAAAUGAUUAAAACUACUGUUACUCUUUUCA